GUCGCCGAGUGCAGCCCAGGCGCUCGACGUCCAGCGAACGCUUCAACACCCAGGGCUGCUGCAGUUGCUGAGGGGGAAGACCUCGUUCCUCGAGAACGCCGCGGUGACGCAGCGGACCCGGGGCUCCUGCCACGCUCGCGCCGCCCGCUGCCACCAGUGGCGCACGUGGACGGGGCAGUCGUUCGCGACUGCCGCCGAGCUGGACGCACUGCUGCUGGUCUUCUUCGGGGGCCUCUGCCUGGGCGGGUUCGACACCGCGACGGGGCGCAUGACGAUGGCAGCCCUGCGCCACCAGUUGCCGCACCAGCUGGCGGGCCCCCGCGCGCUGCCGCGACCCUACGCGGGCUCUCAUGGGCUGGGGAGGUUCCCGGAGGCGGUCUUCGCGAGGUGGGCGUUCGGCGCCUACCUCAGGCCCAGCGGGGCCUGUCGCCUGGCGGCGGCCAGCCUGGUGGAGCCGCGCGCGGGGUCAGCGACGACGGGCGGCCCUGGCAAGACGGGGGUGACCGACGAGAGCAUCGUCAUCGACAACGCGAGCUUGUGGGAUCCGCCGUGGAACAUCGCGCCCUCGGUGAUCCACCAGGUCUUUCGCGAGGCGUUGGUCAGGCUCGGCAUCUGGGGCGGCGUCUCGACCCUCUACACACUCAGACACGGAGGGGCUUCCGACGACCUCCUGUCGGGCCGCCGCUCGAGGAGGGAGGUCAAGGACCGCGGGGGGUGGGUCGCCGAUGCCCCCUUCAACCGCUAUGCCAAGCGGCCGCGAAUGCUGCAGCUCAUCGCCGAGCUCCCGCAGUACGCGGUGGCGCUGGGCAGCGCCGUAGACGGGCGCGGGGCAGAGCUCAUCUCGACGAUG